UGUUCUGACUGUCAGAUUGUCAACAUUGGAGAAGAAAUGACAUUUCUCUCAAAUAAAUCUCAUUAUAACUGCGUGUUCGAGUUUGUGAUUUUGGAAUCUUGGUAUUAAGAUGGGAACUGAAGUACUCCUCUAUGUUCCCAACAUCAUCGGUUAUGUGCGGCUCAUCCUGUUAGUAGUGGCUUAUUUCACAUUCCAUUCACCAAGUUACUUUCUGGCAGCUUACAUUGUAUCUGCUACACUUGAUUAUUUUGAUGGACUGUUUGCAAGGAAACUUGGGCAGACUUCUGCGUUUGGAGCAUGGUUUGAUAUUGUGAUAGACAAUCUUGGUAGGGGAAUGCUGUGGUGUCGAAUGUACGAGUGGGGUUAUUUUGUUGCGGCUACUGAAUGGCUUGUAUUUGUCUGUACGCAUACAAAGGGGACUGAUUGGAAGAGUGCCUUUGCAGAGGCACCACCACUUGUGAAAGGAGUCAUGAGUGCAGGCUUCAAGAGUCCUCUAGGAUUCUUUGCAAUAGCUGGAAUCCAUGUGCUACCCAUCUGGCUGUAUGCACACAGCAGCCGAUUCUUAGCCAAAGCUAUAGGAAUUCCAGUAGCCAUAGACUACCUCAUCAUAGCAUUACUAAGUUCUGGCAGGGCACUUUGCUUUCUUGUUGAGCUGUUCUGCCUUUACACCCACAUCUCCUAUCUACUGUCUCAAGACACAGCAGAAUCUACCAAAGCAAAGGCUGCCACAACACAGCAAACUUGAAGGACACUUACUUCUGAAUGCAGCCAGGAACUUGUCUCAAGAUUAAGUAUAGUACAUGCUGGCUUACCAUCUGAUUCACGUCUCCAGAUAAUUUAUUCUUUGUAGAAAGACGAGACACAAACCCCAGGUACAUGUAGGCCUGGAUGGUUAAAGCAGUGAACAGAAAUAUAAUUCAUCAUGGUUUACAGUGUCUUUCGUCUUUGGAAUGAAACCGUUUAGGACUGAUAUUAUCCAAUACCAAAACAUUCAGUGUACACUAUCAUGUAUAAUUUUUUUGUAAUUGUUCCACUUAUCAGAAACCAUUCCAUUUGAAGAGGAUGCACAAUAUAUUUUCUGUUGCAUUUUAGUUGUUCUACAUUUAUAUAGACUCUAUUGUGAUUAUUUACCUUAUUAUCAGAUGAACACAAUGUUACUGUGUUGGAAGACUCGAACAACCUAGUUUUUCAGUAUUAUUGAAAACUGUCUCUUUCCUAGAAAAGGCCAGUUGGAAGGCUUGCCAGAUUCUCAGUUAGCUGCGGAAAUUUUUUUUCAGUAAGCUGCUAAAUUGAUUAUCCUGGGUGACAAUCUCGCCAUUAUCUGUAGCAUGGCUUAGCUGCUUUCUAAAGCUUCUUUUAAAUAAACGCAAACAGUACAUUCAUCUCAUUCGAUCAUUGCUCAUACAUUAAGGGCCUUUAAUUAAGCAAUACCUAUACAUGUUUUACAAAUUUUAUAGGAAUGUAGGCUUAGACAUGACAAAACGGUGAUACUGUAUAGAUAUUACUACUGUUAUUGUUUCUAGGCAAUUGUUGCAAAUA